AUGUCAUAUAAACGCUCCCGCGCAACCUACGAAGCCGAUUUCCAUGCACCCUUUGCAACGUUCGGCACCCCUCUCCCUGAUGAUCCCGAAGCUCGAGACGAUGGCUCUUUUGUGCCAGUAUGGAAACAGGAGGUGAGGGAUGAGAGAGGGCGUAAACGAUUACACGGCGCAUUCACUGGUGGUUGGAGUGCAGGAUAUUUCAAUACUGUUGGGUCUAAGGAAGGAUGGACUCCGUCGACAUUCGUGUCGAGUCGAAACAACCGACAUAAAAAAGAUGGCACGACUCAAGCGCAACAGCGACCAGAAGAUUACAUGGACGAGGAGGAUCUUGCUGAUGCCGCCGAAGCACAGAAAGUACAGACUUCCCAAGCAUUUGCUGGUCUCGGCUCAGGUCAGGACGCAGAUACUGGUGGCUUGAUGGGUUUGUUAAGAGCCGAAGGAGAUACCAUGGGAUUAAAGCUGCUGCGGCGGAUGGGUUGGAGAGAUGGACAAGGCAUUGGCCCUAAGAUUCGAAGAAGUGCACGGCUUGAUGUUGAACAAAAGAAUUCCGAUACCGCCGAGACACACCUGUUUGCGCCGGACAAUGCUGAGAUGAUUCGAUUUAUCCGCAAGAACGAUCGGAAAGGACUAGGGCAUGACGGCGAGACCAAGUUGUCGAACCCGAUCACAGCAGCAGCCGACGAGGAUGACGAGGAUGAGAAUGUCCCCGAGACGGCCCCACAAACCACCUCUCUUUUCUCAUCGCAGAAAUCAAAGUCGAAACCCGGGCGUGGUGGAAUAGGAGUGGGUAUACUGAACGAUAACGGAUCCGACGAAGAAGACCCCUACGAGAUCGGACCCAAAAUCCGGUACAAUCGUGUUGUCGGUGGUGAUAAGAAGAAAAAGAAGGCAAAGAAAGCAUCUGCUGCAGUUAACCCUGCGCUGAAGAAUGCUCCGGUCUUUGUGUCACGGACAGCCCGAGCUGGUAACGGUCUUGGGAGAUGCCAUGAUGGGCGAUUACCGCUUGAUGGUUUUGUGCUAGCCAAAAUCACAGAGGAUUUAUCUGGUCUUCUGUUAGAAUAUGCGCCCCCUCCAGUCCCAGAAGGAUGGAUGUCCUCCAAAACAUCCUCGGAACAGGCAGCUUCUUCAGGGUAUAAGUCAACGGCAGAUGCUGCAAAAGCAUCCACCCAUGAUGCGAAGUCAAGGGCAGCUCUUCUUGGAGAAAAGAGUCUACCAGGAAAAUCGGUUUUUGACUACAUCACUAGAUCAGCACGGGACCGACUUGCUACAGCAUCCGGGAACAAACAACUCCCACAAGGCUUGGGAGAGAUACCAGAAGGUUAUGCCAUAUCGGAGGAGGAAAAGCUGCAGGCAGCCUGGGACCAAGCGCCUAAGCUGGAUCGCGAAACGGCCAUCGCAGCUAUCUCACGAGGCUCAUCUGGACCCUACGCGGACAACGAAGAGAAAAAAGCACGUUACAGGACCUACUUGGAACACUUCGCAACGGGCAGUCAACCGCUACCAUACAAACCCAAAGGAAUGGCUUACGAUGACUUUUCAAGAGAACUUUCAGAGUUCCAUAAUUGCGCUAGGAUUUUCAAACCAAUGACAGGGUUUAUGGCUUCUCGUUUUACCACAGCAAAGAAGCCAUCGACCGUUUCAACGAACGAGUCCGAGACAGACCUGUUGUCAGAACCAGAGCCAAAGGUAGCUGAUCCAGCAGAAGAGGCGGCCAAGAUGGGCAUGUAUGGCAAGAUGACUCGAACAGUUGACAACUUUUACCCCACCCGAUUGUUGUGCAAAAGGUUUAAUGUUAGGCCACCUGCGCACUCUCAACCAGACGCUGAGAUGGGAACUGGCUCUGGCACAAGAAGUCGUGAUGAAGCCUCAGGCCAUAUGGAAGAUGCUGAGGUCAGUUCAGGGACACCGACUGGGGAUGUCAAGUUGGUCGGGAAUGUUCCUGGAGGGACUGUGCCACCUGCUCCUGUGCCUGAACCUGCUAUUAAUCCGGACAAGAAUGAAGCAGUCGAGGGAAAGACGGCACAUGACGAAGUCCUUCGAGCAAUUUUUGGAGAUAGCGAUAGCGAAUAA